GAGGGCUCUAGCUUAUUUCCUGGUGGCUGCCUCAGUCAAAACACUGUUCGUGCGCCAUGGCUGAGCCUGCUGAACCCUCGAAAGGACAUUUCCUUAACUAGAAAGUGGUUCAUAUUGUCAGGGAGCUCGUCCAACAGCGUCUGCAGCACGAUGCUUCAGCUGAACGAUACGGUUGAGCCGGAGAGUCCGGGCGCUGCGAUUCUCCACCCUGCAGAUUCUGAGGAGGGGGUCGAGGUUGCCUUCACGCCUCCGGAGGCCGGAAGAAUUCUCGGACACGGAACCUCCGUGGCCUGCUGCCCCCCGUUACAAACGCUGACACCUUUCCAUGUGCAUAACCCCACAAUCCAAGCGAAAGUGAAGGAUUAUUUCGUGUUCAGGCCAGGUACCAUCGAGCAGGCAGUGAGCGACAUCCGGACCGUGGCACUCCCCUCGGAGGAUGGAGAGGUGCUCAGUGUCUGGCUGCUUGCUGAAGUCGACCACUGGAACAAUGAGAGAGAGAGACUUGUUCUCAUUACUGAUAGGUCGUUGCUAGUGUGCAAGUAUGACUUCAUCAACCUGCUGUGUCAGCAGGUCAUUAGGAUCUCCCUUAACGCUGUAGACACGAUUUCAGUGGGCGAGUUUGAAUUCCCGCCCAAAUCCCUAAACAAGAGGGAAGGAUAUGGGAUUCGUGUCCAAUGGGAUAAACGGCCUCGAGCCUCGUUUCUAAACCGCUGGAACCCGUGGUCAACAGACAUGCCCUACGCCACAUUUACAGAGCAUCCCAUGGCCCAUGCUGAUGAGAAAGUUGCAUCCCUCUGCCAGCUGGACAACUUCAGGACUCAGCUGGUGCAAGCAGUAAAGAAAGCCCAUAAGGAACACCCCAUCCCAGGUCGAGCUAAUGGGGUCCUGAUCCUGGAGAGACCCUUGCUAAUCGAGACCUAUCUGGGCAUCAUGUCCUUCAUCAACAACGAGGCCAAGCUGGGCUACUCUAUGACACGUGGCAAGAUUGGCUUCUAAAAUCUACCAUAAAAUCAACCCUCGUGCUAUGUUACACUGACUAUCUUUGACUGAGGGAAGCUGUUGCUUCACAGCAGUGAAAUACGCAAUUAGUCUAUGUGUGUGUCUGAGUUGGUCUAAUGAAGGCAACACCUCCUGAAGUUGGUGUUCCAGACAAGUGGUCAGUGUACUGUAGGUAGACAACAGCUCUGCAUGGACUGCCUACUUGUGUGUUUGUGCCCCUACUCUCUUAUUUCCAAGAGUUGCUUGCAGAUCUGCAGUUGCCCCCAUUGGCAUUCAGGAGUGUAUUGUCAUGUAAUGUGAAGUCUGUGGGGGAUACAGCACUCUUAUAAAUUCCCAUGUACUGAACUUUUUGGAGUCUCAUGGUCUUUCACACAUUCAAAACUAAUAUAAUCCUAAAUCUAGUGAAAGAAUACUUAAAACCAGGGUUAUAAUUUCAGAGCUUCAAAUGUGCAUUUUAAACUAGUGAAAAGCAGCUAAAUGUUCAUUUAAGUUGUAGCACCAUCUGAAAUAUGCUCCUUGCUUGCAUUUUGAUUAGUUCAAAGGGAAGAUUAAGUUUUUCAGAUCAUAGAGCCAAAGGAAGCUUUAUGGAGUGAGUGCAUUAACAAUGUUCACAUCAAACGGUUAUUGUAAUAAUUCUGUUACAAAUAUAUACUGCUCUAUGAAAAGCUUUGAGUUUAUCAGUGUAAAAAUAACAGAAGACAUUUUCUGUUUAAAACUUAAUCUUAAAAGGAUUUAAAAACAUGAAAUAAUAACAAAAACACCUUUCUCACUCAUUGGCCAAUGUUUUGCUUAUGGUGCUUAUUUGAUAAUUAAAUUUUCUGUUGUUACUCAGAGUAGGAAGCUAAUGCUCAUCUGAGGGGCUGCAUAAGCUAAACAGCUUAAAUGUUUUCUUCUAUGAUACAGUUGUUUCAUGCUACAUAAUAUUGUAAACUGUCUUUAUGGUAAAGUUUCAUGAAAAAAUCUGUAACUUGGAUAAACACAGAAACAACAUAGACUAAGAGAAAGCUUUGCUUCUAUUCAUUACCACUUAAUGUAUGUACUGAAAUGACUUUCUUUGAAAUUGUACUACCAAAGGUUAUAGGCCAUACUUUCAUGCUAAGCAAUGCCAAUGAAUAAUUGUCUCCUAAAAUGCCUUCUUCUGGUCUUAACAUGUGCAUGUUCCCUGCACGUUUAGUUUGCAUGUAUUAUGUUUUUUUAAAGGAUAUCCUAAGGUGAUUUGUAAAUACUAAUCAUUUUAUUUAUUUGCUUUUACUUUGAGAAAGUUAUUUUAUGAAGGCUUUAACAAAAUUCACAUUUUGUUUUCAGUUCUAAAGUGUUUCAUUAAGAUGUUAAAAGAGAUUAAGCACUAUUGUGAGCAUACAAAGGUUUACUUUUGUUCUAGAUAUUUGCAGCACAGUAGCCACAUCGGAGAUAAUAAACACUAACAUGUU